AUGCUCGAGUCAACUUGCCGCGCCUACUUCGACCUGCAGUCGGGAGCUCUACUCCCCCAAGUCCUGGAUGUUAGCAGAGCAGAGGAGGUUGAGGGGCAUAGAGAGUUCCCCGCUGCAGACAGUGAAGCAACUACAAGGGCGGGGGAAGUACCAUACUCCCGGCGACCUCGAGCGGUGGGUACGGUGCAGAGUGGUACGGGUUCAUGGUUUGAACAACACCAGAGGAUGCCGGAUGAGGAUGAGAGGGAGAAGGCGGCAAUCGAGGAUGCAGAGGCGUUUAGGAUCGCGGAGGAGGAGGCGAGGAGGAAGGCAACAAUUGAAGCGCAAAAGGUCGCGGACGAGGAGGCACGGAGGAAGGCGGCGGCAGAAGCGCAAAAGGUCGCGGACGAGGAGGAGAGGAAGAAAGCGGCGGCAGAAGCGCAGAAGAUUGCGGAGGAGGAGGCAAGGAAGAAGGUGGAGGCAGAGGUGAAGAAGAUCACCAAGGUAGAGGCGCAGAAGAGGGCGGAGGCAGAAGCGCAGAAGAAGGCGGAGGCAGAGGCGCAGAAGAAGGCGGAGGCAGAAGUGCAGAAGAAGGCGGAGGCAGAGGCGCAGCAGAAGGCGGCGGCAGAAGCACAGAAGAAGGAGGAGGCAGAAGCGCAAAAGAAGGCGGAGGCAGAGGCGCAACAGAAGGCGGCGGCAGAGGCGCAGCAAAAGGCAGAGGUAGAGGCGCAGAAGAAGGCGGCGGCAGAGGCACAGCAGAAGGUGGCGGCAGAGGCGCAGCAGAAGGCGGCGGCAGAGGCGCAGCAGAAGGCGGAGGCAAAAGCACAGAAGAAGGCGGAGGAGAGGAAGAAGGCGGAGGCAGAAGCGCAGAAGAAGGCGGAGGUAGAUGCGCAGCAGAAGGCGGAGGCAGAGGCGCAGAAAAAGGCGGAGGAGAGAAAGAAGGCGGAGGCAGAAGCGCAGAGAGGACACCGACCGGCGGAAGAGGGAUAG